UAGCGUCGCCGAUGUUGUUUUCGCUCCUUCUUCGUGAGAGUCCUCGGGCGUGAACACAACCGCCAUCAUGUCGGGAGGAUUGAGUGUUAUGGCUUUGGAAGAGAAUGAUGUGACGCGGUUCCUGGCCGCGUCCACUCAUCUCGGAUCCAGCAACAUGAACUUCCAAAUGGAACAAUAUGUUUUCAAGCGUCGCCAGGAUGGUGUGCACAUCAUUCAUCUGCGCAAGACAUACGAGAAGAUCUUGCUGGCUGCCCGUGCCAUUGCAGCCAUUGAGAACCCAGCAGAUGUGUACACCAUCUCUUCCCGCCCCAUGGGCCAGCGUGCUGUGCUGAAGUUUGCCCGUUAUACUGGCGCAACCCCCAUUGCAGGCCGCUUCACCCCAGGCGCCUUUACCAACCAGAUUCAGGCUGCUUUCCGUGAGCCUCGUCUCCUUGUGGUAACUGAUCCCAUCUCGGACAGGCAGCCAAUUACUGAGGCUUCCUAUGUCAGCAUUCCAGUUAUUGCUUUCUGCAAUACGGACUCCCCACUUCGCUAUGUUGACAUUGCCAUUCCUUGCAACAACAGGAGCCCCCAUUCCAUUGGUCUGAUGUGGUGGAUGUUGGCCCGUGAGGUUCUUCGUCUGCGUGGAACCAUCUCCCGCAACCUGCCAUGGGAGACAGAUGUCAUGCCUGAUCUGUUCUUCUACAGGGAUGCUGAAGAGCAAGAGAAGGAAGAAGCUGCCAAGGCUGAGGCCGCCAAGGCUGAGGCCGAGGCCGCCAAGGUCGAGACUCCUGCCACCGAGAACUGGGGCGCUGACGCAAAUGAUCCCGAUGCCGUGGCUGCUGCUGCCGGUGCUGGGGCUGCUGCCCCCGUGGCCGCCGCUGCUGCUGCUGCCCCCGUGGCUGCUGCUGCUGUCGCUGCUGCACCAGCAGCUACUGUUGAUGACUGGGGUCAGACUGGUGAUGAUUGGGCUGCUGCACCAGUUACUGGAGCUGGUGAUGACUGGGGAGGCGCAGCUGAUGGACCCUCCUGGUAAACAGAAAUAAAUAAUAGCUGCUGUAA